AUGAAAGCUUCCAGAUGGACGCCUCUCGCUCGAUUUCCGACAACAGGACUUCUGUAUAAGCACAUCCCGGCUGCGCUGAGGAAGAAGAAGGUCCAUAGACCACAGAUUGUGGGCGACGGACUGUGCAAUGAUAUUCUUCAACGCCUUUCACCGUACCUACUCCGAAAGCCUCCAGUGGAUAUUCUUGAUCUCUGGCCUGGUGCUGGACUCUGGUCAUCCAAGGUGAACGAAUUCUUACGCCCCCGACGCCAUGUGCUCGUGGAGCCGGACCUCAAAACCUAUGGGAAGAUUCUCAAGUCUCUUGCCGCAAGCAAACCCUGCUACAAUCUGGUCUCGCGCGACAUCCACCACCUCGAUGACUGGCACAGCCUUCUAGCAGAAUACCUACCGGAACAGGGGCCUUCUAACUGUGACACAACGGGCGCUCUGGGGAAAAACGACACGCUGCUGGUUCUGGCUAAUAUCCCUCCGAACGCCUCCAAACAAGACCACUUCACGCCGGCACGGUCGUGGUCGAUUCUCAUGGAGGCGUGUAUGCGGCAGUCUGGUCUUUCUUCCUACGGGAGUGUGCGCAUGAUUACCUCUCUUCCGCUGAUGGAGGCGCAGACGAUCCUUCCCCGCUCGGUAUCCAAUCGCAGUCGACCGGCUCUUUUGACGGAGAAUGUGGCCAUGCAUGCUUUUGAGGUGGCGUCGACGGCGGAUCCGAGUUACUUCUGGACUAUGUCCAAGGGAUGGGAUCUCACCGCCGCGAAUGCGGCCCGGGUUGCGGAGCGAAGCGCUGAACACAAAAUCGUGGUCCCUGCUGGAAAAGCGCUCCCUCCGAUCCCCUCGGCUCCAGAAUCCCCAGACCCGGGGAAGAUCCCCUGUCCCCACGUACCUCGCAUCAAGACGGUCAUGCACGACCGGAUCCUGGAGACCAUCCAGACCGCCGAGGAAUCACCCGGCGAUGUGAAAGCCAAGAAGAAGAAACAAAGGGCCCUGGUCCAGCUGCGACAGGAUAACCGGACGGCCUUCGCUCGCAAGGAGCUGGUGGAGAAGCAGGCGCGCAUCGACGAGCUUACCCGGAGUCUCUCGCGGGCGGCCGCUGACCCGGCCGUCGACUCCAAGUCCCUCCAGCCGAUGGUGGACCGCAUCGCUGCGCUCAAGGCCGAGACCGCCCAGCAGCACUCCGAGAUCCAUUUCGAAGUUUUGCACCACACCCCGUCGAUGAUCGACGAUGCCCGUAGCGCGCUCUCCACGGGUACCUUCGACGACGCAGUCCUUCUCUGGGACCGCCGGCCAUUCGAGCCUCUCCUCAUCGACCCGGAGGAGCUGUACCCGCGCGACACCGACACAACCAUGCUGUACUUCGAGGCCGACGCCCACUCCCCCAUUAUGCAGCUCCUCACGGAGGCCGACCAGGCCGGCCGCGCCGACCUCCACCGCAUCUACGAAGCCAUCUCCCUCACCUUCAGCAGCCGCGGCACCAUGACCGUCACCGACCUCCUCAAAGCCAUAUUCCCCGCGCGCCCCAUUAACGAUCUCGUCCGCGCCAUCCCCAGCCUCGCCACCUACGCUUCUAAAACACCCAAACCGGACUUUGACACGCUCCCUAAGACCGUCAGCGGCCGCCCCGGCGCAGCCGAGAGCACAUGUCAGGAUCCGCACCCCCCGCUCGAUCCUGUCACGCACUUCCAGGAGAACCUGGACUACGACCUGAGCGACGUGCGUAUUCGCUGCCUGUCGUCCGCGACGCUGUGGGAGAUUGUCGUCGAGUAUCACAAGAGUAACGCGGAGGUCAACGCGGUGCAGCUGAACCGUCUUUUGGGCGGGACGUUGACCUCGUUCCGGUCGGGCGAGUAUGGCGUGGAGCAGAAGAAGAUGCGCUGA